AUGGCCGACGAUGCGCUGACCGUGAGCUCCGGAAUUGCUGUUGUGCAUUAUCAUGUCACGGCGGUCCAUGCACCGGCUUCCAAUCCCACCGCACCAAAAUCUCCGUCCGGUGGCCGCAGCGGUGGAGCGACUCCGGCGGCCACUAACGCGUUAAGUUCCUCUACUUCUUCUUCCUCGACGAGAUGGUGCGUGGGAGGUCGAGCGUGA